AUGACUCUGGAAGAAGUACUGUCUGAUGCGGACAGCAAAAUGGAAGAUGAAGAUUUCAAAGAUGAACAAGAACGCAUUAAACUUGAUCGGUUGGAUGUGAGCGAUGAGGAGAAGAGAUUCAUGUGGCUUUGGAACACAUAUGUGAGAAGGAAAAGUGAGUUCGCGGAUGAGCAUGUUCCUUUAGCAUGUGAAGAGUUCGUAAAACUUCAUGCGAAAGAGUUGAUCCUUCCUAAAUUUAUAUGCCAGUGGAUAGCGUUUACGAUCACACUGUGGAACUACGGUCUGAUAUGCUCCAAGACCAUGGAUAAAUGCAGUAUCAUCCUACAGAACACACGUGAAGAAGAAGAAGAAGCAGCAGCGGCGGCAAAAGAAGGCACAAGAAAAAGCAAGAAGAAGCAUCCAACUCUAAAGCUAAUGCUAAUGGCAACGAUUGUGAUUGUGUGUCAUAGGAUUAUUACCGGUCUCUUAUACCGAUGGUUUAUUUAUGUGUUUGGUUUAUUGGUUUAA